CUGUCACUGUCACUUAUCUCAUGACCAUAUUUGACAUGGGUUUGUAUAGUUUCACAAAAUUAGGAAACGUCCAGGACAAUCUUCUCAAAUUGCAAGUGUUUAUUGACUGCUGAAGAAUGAACAUGGGGAAACCCCUAUUCCUUCCUGAAGUCCUUGUAAAUGUAACAAGAUCCAUGUUCUUGUCUCUCUGUCUUGAGAUAAAGCCCAUGAAUGACCCAUGUUCAUAUCACUUGUUUCUCCUCCUAUCCUUAAUAAGAUAUCCAUCCAUCCAUCCAUCCAUCUUCUUCCGCUCACUCCUUUUUCAGGGUCACGGGGAACCUGGAGCCUAUCCCAGGAAGGGAUAUCGGGCACAAGGCCGGGUACACCCUGGACAGGGUUUUAAUAAGAUAUGUCUGAUUGGUGUUUAAGAACACAGGAAGUGUCGAGGCUUUAACACAGACACUUCUCAUUCAGUCAGUCAUCAGUGUGACAGGAUGGAGCUCCGUCCAGUCUGUGUGUUUCUCUGGCUGACUGGACUCAUUCGCUGUACACAAACAGGAGUGCUAAAGGCCACACUCAGAGUGCAGUCUGGUUGGACACAAGUAUUCAGAGGAGAGAGUGUCACCCUUAAGUGUGAUAUAGAGGGAGGAGAAGACAAGUGGACUUAUAGCUGGUACAAGAAUGGAGCUGAAAAUCCUACUAUAAAGCAAAGUGAAAACACCUUUGAGGUGAGCGAUGAGGCUACAUUUACCUGCAUGGGAAACCGUAUUGGAGGUGACCCACAGAGCACAGAAAUGAGCGAUCCUGUUACACUGUCUAUGUUAGGAAAACCCAAACCGACUGUGAGUGUAAAUCCUCAGAGCUCCGUCUACACUGGAGACAGAGUUACUCUGACCUGUAAUCUGCUGUCUACUGGAUGGACUUUUCUCUGGUACAAAGAUUAUCAGGAAUCAAAUCCCCUGUCUCCUGGAACCACAGACACCAACACACUCAGUGUAACAGUCACUAAUGAAGGAGUAACACAGUACUACUGUAAAGCACAGAGGGGAAACUACGACUCAGAGAUCAGUGAUCCAGCCACAAUUACAGUGAGAGUGAGACCAAAGCCUGCAGUGAAAGUACAGCCAGCUGAGCGUGUGUUCAUUGGGGAAACCGUCACUCUCACAUGUGAGAUACAGACUGGAGAAUCCUGGCGUUACCUCUGGUAUAGAAAUAAUGAAGAACUCAGUGAUGCUGCAGGAAAGAAAACACAUACAAUCACUGAUAUUGAAGAGUCUAAUAAGGGUGAUUAUACAUGUAAAGGAACACAGUCAUCAGACCCAGAAUACACACAGGCCAGUGAUGCUGUUACACUGACUGUAUCAGAAAAUCCUAAACCUGAACUCACAUCAGAUCUUAAAGGAGCUGUACUGACAGGAAACUCAGUGACUCUGUCCUGUACAUUGAAGCCACAGUCUGCUGGAUGGAAGUUUUGCUGGAUCAAAACCACACAGAGCACUGAGACUGAGACUGAGACUAAAACACAGUACUACACCAUCAGAUCAGUUAAUGUCUCUGAUGAAGGUCAGUACAGGUGCAGAGCUGGAAGAGGAAAUCCAGUCUACUACACAGACUACAGUGAUGCACUCUGGGUAAAUGUAACUGAGAGUCCUAAACCUGUGGUGACCAUAAAGCCUGAUAAACAUGUGUUCAGAGGAGAGACUGUGACUCUCAGAUGUGAAAUACAGGGAGGAGGAGACACUGAGUGGACAUACAGCUGGUAUAAGAAUUAUUACACACUCUACAUAUUCCACACAACACAGGAGUUCGGCUUCAGAUCAGUUAGAAAUGAUAACAGUGGUAAAUACACCUGCAGAGGGAGGAGAAACAGUGACUCUCAGAGAUCAGAGAUCAGUGAUGCUGUUACACUCACUGUAUCAGAUGUAGCAGAGGCAGUAGUGAGUGUGUCUCCACUGUGCUGGCUGACUGAAGGAGACUCAGUGACUCUCAGCUGUGAGGUUAAAAACUCCUCUACAGGCUGGACAUUCAGCUGGUACACAGAGGUUCCCUCCAGAAACGGCUUAAUUAAAAUGACAGGCAGUCCUGGCAAUGUCUUGUAUGGUUCAAAGCUUCUCUCAGACAGCAGCAGAGGAUCUGGAGGCUCCUACACUCUCAGUCCUGUUACUGUGAAAAACACAGGAGUUUAUAUGUGCAGCGCAGAAAGAGGAGAAUCAGUCUUUCACACACGGUUCAGCAACCUACAGCCACUGUGGAUCACUGGUGCAUCUUCUCGAGUGUCUCUGAUCAUUAAUCCCAGCAGAACUCAACACUUUACUGCUGACUCUCUCUCACUGAGCUGUGAGGACCAGAGUGACUCUACUGGAUGGACAGUGAGAGGAUACACAUACAAUGAGACACUGUUUGAGUGUUCAUCAGUUUCAGGAUCUACAUGUAACAUCAGCUCCCUCUCUACAUCACACACUGGAGUUUACUGGUGUCAUUCUGAAUCUGGAAGACGCAGUAAUCCUGUCAACAUCACAGUGCACAAUGGUGAUGUGAUCCUGGAGAGUCCUGUCCAUCCUGUAACUGAGGGACGUCCUCUGAUUUUACGCUGUUUACAUCGCAACUCAAAGAUCUCAGACUUUGGUGUUAAUUUCUAUAAAAAUGAUUCAGUUCUCCAGUCCCAGACUACAGCAGCGAUGACCAUCAGUACUGUGUCAAAGUCAGAUGAAGGUUUCUACCACUGUAAACACCCAGAGAGAGGAGAGUCACCGAAAAGCUGGAUUUCAGUCAGAGCUUCAGAUUCUGGAUCUACUGGUGUAAUUAUUGGACUGAGGUUGGCCUUCUUGUUUGUCAUCUUAAUGAUCGUACUGAUCCUGCUGCUGCACUUCAAGAAGAAAAAAGGAGUAGAAUAUCAGACUCCUUCUACAGUAAAUCAGGACACCAAUCAGCCUGCAGAUGGUGAUAACAUCUAUGAAAAUGCUGAUAUCAGGACCACAGAAGAUUCUGCAGCUGGAACCAGCAGUAUGAACCACUCACAGGAUGUCCACAGAAACAAGACACAAAAUGAUGCUGCUGCUGGACUGAGUGAUGUGACUUAUGCUGAUAUUGAACUGAAAAACCAAAAGAAACCAAAGAGAAAACAAGGAAAGAGCAGUGAGGGAGCUGACACUGUUUACUCAGAACUGAAGCAGAACACAGAUAAAGAGAUUUACAAAUGUGCAAACAGAUGAAGGCACAGCAGUAGAAAUCACCCAGAGAAUAGGCAAGGAUUAAUAGCCUGGAAGUCAGAACUGGGACAUAAGUACCAUAAAGACGCUGGAUUUAAGAAAUUACUUGGUAGUAUUUAAACAAUCCUUUCAGUAUUAUCACCAUUUGUAAUUGUUCAAACAAAUAACUGUAUUUGGCUCUAGUGGCUGGUUGCUGUGCAAUUUAGACGAGUUCAGUUUAACUUUCAGUUUAAUUCUGCUCUAAAAAAACUAUUUUAGUUUUAAACACAGAAUCAAAAUUGAUUUACUGGCUGGAUUCCAACAUUGCACUUGAAUGUACUUGGUAAUCAAUGGGGCAAUUAUCAACGUAUGCACAUGAGUACAAAGAAAAUCAGUGUUAAUGAAAAAAUUGGCUAAAUUUUUUGUUCAGUUUGGCCUUCAGAAAUAUUUACACAUAACCAUAGUAAAUGUUUGAUAAAUGGCAUCCAAUAAUAGUUAUAUCAUUAAUAGCUAAAUGAUAUAAGAUGUCAUUUUUGUGUAGGUCCAUUGUUGAAACAGCUGAAGAACAUAUUUACAUAUUUACACACAUUUUAGUUGUAGUGUCUGGAAAGCUUGUUUUUUUUUCUUUCAUGUUUUUUGGCUUAAUACUAAACUUUGUACAAACUCCUGAUAUGAAUGUUAAAGGCGGAACAGGGAGCAAUUUUAAAAUUAUAUUUCCUAUCGUUCACAGUGGGUCAGAAUUGUCUUUAUCCAGGUUAAAUUAAGCUUCCAGUUUUCAGUCACUGGAUCAGUAUAAUUUAUAAGCUGGCAGUGUGGAUUACUAAGUGUUCACUCGUAUAUUGUAAUACUGAUCUUAAUGACAAAUAAAACAUGAAUAAAAAGUAUAUAUUGUUACACAGUAAAAACAAGAUUUUUCUUACAUAUUUCUGUCAACAUUUAAUUUCGUAGAUUGUAUGUGCAUUAUUCUAUUGAAGUCAAGAUUCAUUCAUGUAUUUUUGUUUAUUUACACAUUUAUGCUAUUUACCUUUUAGUAGAUUGUAAACAAAUUGCAUUUGUCAGUUUAGGAAUAAUCAGAUAUUUUGUCUUCACUGCUUUAAACAGUCAAUAAUGCAGUAUUGUCUUUGAGUGAGCGGUUCGUGGUCUUUUGGCACAUGGACUGAUAUUGUGUCUAAUUUUAUACCUUUAAUCUUUUUUAGUUUAGUGCCUCUACAAUAUGUAAAUUAAUAUUUUUUUAAAUAAUUAUAUAAUACUAUAUAUAUUUCAUCCUAAAAAAGUAAAGUAAUAGAUGUCAUCAUUUUGAGUAAGAUAAUGUACUUUCUUUUGUUUUUCUCUGGUUUAUUGAUUUCAUCCAACAGGAUGUGUUAAGUGUUACAGGAACAAAAUAAAUAUAAGUCUGUAUACAUGCUGUGUGAAGAGCUUUGAAUAAAAAUUACUUUUAGCAAAAUCA